GUGACGAAGGAAGAGAAAGAGAAAGAGAACACGAGGAAGGUCGGCCCCAUUACCGCGACGAUGACCAUGCCUCCAGCUGGUCGACCAUCUUCCGUACAAGCUAGACCGAUGCACGGCAUAUUGCAGGACGAUUCGAAAGCGGAUACCGAAAGAGCUAUUGCUCGCGCAAGAAAAGAUUUCUUGAUCCGCCAUCAUCUGGAUCGUACUACCGGUGUCGGCGACGGAGCACUGCUUCCCUCUCCUACGAGAGAGAAGCUGGAGCCUGUGAUACCGCGACGUCGAGAAGAAACGAAGGAGCAUCGUGAGGAAAUUCAGCCUAAAACAAAAUCUAGUCCGAAGAAUAGUCCAAGAACGGGUCGUUCUCAGAGCCUUGGACCUACCGUGACGGAACGUCGGUCACCGAAACGUCAGCCGCCGCGCGCGCCAUCCGUCACUAAAGAGGCCAAGGAAAAGGAAAAGGAGCCAAAGGAUAAGGAGAAAGAGCAUAGGGAGAAGAGCGGUGAGCCCGAAAGGCAUCCACGACCGAGUAAGUUGUAACACGAACGUGUUACUUCUCUUCGUAUCGGUAACGACAACGGUCGAUCGAUUUACCGACCGACAACGGAUCCUGUCAUAAAUCGAUCGACGCCUCGUAAUCUAUCCACAAGUUCCAUGUGCAUUUUCCUGCAUAAAUUAACUUUCGAUAGGAUUCUUGAUAUAUUACAUUUUAGCGAUUUUUUUACCGCUCUCUUGUUUGCUCUUGUCGAUUCCAAAAAGCCAAACCCCUUCUUCGUCAUACUCGACUACACUUGCCCUGUUCGAAUCGUGCUCCGAUCGACAUUCACCGCUUCCAAAGAGUAACUCUAUCGGAAUAGAUUCGCUAAGUAACCUCGUUCACGAGCAAACGUAAGAGCCCGAUUACCGAACAUUCUUUGAGCGGUGUGUGUCGAACACGUUAACUGCAAACUCGUCGUUAAUGUUUAGGCAGAUGCAUGACAAUCCUGUUUAAUCGUCUCUAUCUCUUUGUCUCUGGCUUUUCAGCUCGAGUCUAGUAACCAGUAGUCCCGUAUAUCUAUAUUGUCCAUGCAGAAAGCAUCCUAAACCCUUGUAAUACCGCGAGUAGUAUAUACAACGACGCGACUCGCUAUUCCUUGCAACGUAUCCAAAGAUGAGUUUGACGGGGAGUUAUUCUAGGAUUUUCAUCUCGCAUCGCUCGUUCGCUCGCUCGUCAUCGUCAUACUCCUGCUCAUCCAUCGUUUCAAACCCGAAUCGUAACGCGUUCCGAUUCAUCUUCGUCUUCUCACCGGCGGAAUUUCUUCUCACCGAAGAAAUAUCUAGAAAUCCUUGAAACAUACGUCCUUCGCAUUUUCCCAUCUCUUUAUAUCUGGCUUUCUUUCAUUAAUAAACAAACAAACAAACAAACAAGCAAGCAAGCAAGCAAACGAACAAAGAAACUGUGAAAAGAAUUGAGUUGUAAGCUGCUCGCGCGAGGUCGAUCUCGAUCGCGAUCCCUCGCAUCGUGGUCGAAUCGAUCAGGAGUGGUAGCGGGUGUUUCAGUCACGGGCCCUGGCCGCGUGCGUUGGAGCAUACGGGAACCGUCGACGGUCUCCUCGACCGGUUCGUCGACCAGCGUGCCGCCAUUACCGCCACCACCCUCGGGCCCAGGGCCUACUCCGUUCUACAGGAGGUCCCCACAGGUCCACCGGAAAUGUACGUUCUCUGUGCCACGUACCCGUGCUUCCCGCUAGCCCGUUAUACCCUCACGUAUUUCGGAUCUCUCUAUCCCUGUCGUCCUGCACCAAACACGAUAGUCACUGUUCUUUUAGGACUGCAAGUACUCGUAGUCGCGCGCAAUACUUUGUUCGACUUAGGAAAGCCGAAAGAUUCGACGGCAAAGCCCACUAUUUUCGAGAGCGAUGCACCGGAUGGGUCCUUUGCUCGCGCGUCCCUGUCCACACACAGGAAUAUCUUGGCUAUCGUCGCUUCUUAGCCUUUUUCGUACUUUUAGCGUCUUCCUUCGCUCCCGAACUACUCGGUCAUUUCGAACGAUGCAUCCUCGCACGGACCGCGACGUAAAUGACCCACCGACGAGGCGUCAAAGUCCUCGCUCUGCGCUUCCCAUUUUUUAUUCGGAGACGUCGUUGCACGCGACUCUGCAUUGGCGAACGAUCGCUAGUUAUUCUUAUAAUAUCGACUAUAUUUUUAACUUUACCCUCGCUUAUCGUUUGCCAAUGUUAAAUAUUUGCAGCCUUAACCUUUUUCUAUCUACCUUCCACUUUGCGGUUCGCAGUUCCGAAUCGGAUGUUACCCAA